AGAGAGAGAGAGAGAGAGAGAGAGGGGGAGGGGCGUCUGUGAGACACAAAUACUCGAAACACACACUUAACAACACAGACACAGACACACCCAACAAAAGAAAGAGAGAGAAGCACUGGACACACAAACAAAAACCCAGAAUCCACACCCUCUCACUCCCUCACCUCAAUUAUUAUUUCUAUUUUUAUUCUAAUUAUUAUAUAUUAACUGCUCUUACCCCCCAAUUUUCCACUUCUAACUAUCUAUUUCUGCUGCUGCUUCUUCAAGAACCAAAAAAAAAAAAAAAAAAAAAAAAAACAUAGAAAGAGAGAGAUCUUGUCCUCCUACAAACAAUGCUCACUUUGUAGCGGACAAGAGUUUGUGAUCUUCUCUUUGUAGGGGAAUGAUUUUGUUGUUGGGAUUUGCUUAUAAGGAGGAGGAGGUGAUGAUUCUGUAUUGGCUCAGAAGAAGAGGUUCUGAUUGCACUUCACUCUUUUCGUUUCUCAAGAAACCCUUUGGGUUAACAUAGAUAGUUUCAGCUCAAAUCAUUAUUCACCAAAGGCCAAAGGGGCUUUUUUUCUUUUUCAUCAGUCAGUCUUUUGCCAUCUGGGUUUUGUUCUACUAGUUUAGUACAGUAUAUUAUUACAGUUACUUUGAUUGUGUGGUUGCCGUGCCUGAGUGUAAUUUUCUCGAGUUACUUUCAGUGAUAUUUGCUUGACCUGUUUGUGCAUUUGAGCUAGAGGGGAAGAAAGGUUGGUGGGUUUCGAAACUGUGUAAGCUUAUGGAGGUAUAUUGAAGCUGGAAAUGAAUGUGGGGACAUGGUGCAUGGACAGAAGCAUAGUUGCUGGUUCGUUCCCCUUCUGGAACAGUGCUCCUGGAAAGUGAUUCCAACAUUUUUGCAUUUGGAAGGCGCUUGUGUAGUGUAUUGCUGGAUUUUGUGCAAUGUCGCGCUGCUUUCCGUUCCCACCACCAGGAUAUGAAAAGAAGGCACGGAAAGAGGAUGUGGACUUACUAAAAAAGGAAAAGCACAGAGAAAAGAAGCAUAAAAAAGAGAAAAAAGACAAAGAGAAGAAAGAAGGUAGAGAGAAAAGAGAGAAAGAUAGAAGUGAUGGAAAGCAUACGGAAAAGAAAGACAAGAAGGAAAAACACAGAGAUAAAAAGAAGGACAAGGAGAAGGAUAGGGUUAAAGAGAAAAACAGUGCCCCAGGUGAGAAGAGACUUCCAGGGCAAGCUGAGGGUCACUCUGGAGAAAAACUCAUUCAAAAUGAGGAAAUGGAUAAAGAUAAAAAUGGUAUUUCAAACAAAACAAGAUUUUCUGGGCACAAUGGAGAGAAACUCAGUGAGAGAAUCCAUCUGGCUGAGUUGGGCAGGAGGAUCAAAGAUGAUGACAGAGCGACCGAGAACAAGUUGGUUGAAAAUUUUACUUAUAUGGACCGGAAUGAGGAGAUGGUCAAAUUGGUGGCUAAAGGUACUGGCACUUGGGCUGAAGGUAAGGAUAAGACCAAGAGGGUUGAUGAUAGAAAGAUGGAUUUGCAAGGAAUCAAGGAGGCAAGAUUUACUAGUUCACUGGAUCAGAAUCCUGCUGCAUCUGUUCAAACUAGAGUUGAAGGAUUGCCUAGACCAUUUGAGAAAAAUAUUGAGAAAAGGAUGGAAGAGAAGGAGAAGACCAAAGAAAAGGAAGGAGAUGAUAAACAGGGGAAUAAACGCAAGGAUAAAGUUAGAGAGAAAAAGAGCCAAGGGAAGGAUAAGAACAGGGACAAAGAGAAGAAAAAGGAGGUGAAAGUUGAACAUAAGAACACGGGACACAAUAAAUUAAAAGAGGGCAACAAGAAUGACCUUUUAGGUAGCCAUUAUAUUAAAACCCCCCAACUUCUGGAGGGCAGCAACAAGAAUGCUGCUUCUGAGGAAAAUCUAAAGAAACGGAAGGAAGUUGAGACAAAUGGAGUUUUACAUGCCACUGAUGGUAGGCCUAAUAAGUUGGCAAGACCGACUUCCUCCAAUCAUUUAUCAGAAAAUGGAAGGAUGUUGGAACCUUGCCAAACUUCUAUCACCUAUGCGGAUAGGCAAGGAGCAGCCAGUAACCUUAAGGAACCCAAGCUAAAUGGCAUUAUAGAUCAGUCAUCUUCUGUCUCCUUGAAGAAGCCCAUGCUUGCCACUGCACAAGCUGAUCAAAUCACUGAAGCAUCAGCAAAACCACCCAAUCCGGAUUCCAAGUAUUUAAGCCAGGUAUGUACAGUACCCUCAUCUUCUGUCUCCUUGAAGAAGCCCAUGCUUGCCACUGCACAAGCUGAUCAAAUCGCUGAAGCAGCUGCAAAACCACCUCAUCCGGAUUCCAAGUAUUUAAGCCAGGUAUAUACAGUACCCAAGAUGGAUGAGCUGUCUGAUUAUGAUGACCAAGAAUGGCUGUUUAGGAGCAAUGGCUUCCAAUCAGAAAAGCCCAAGGUGGAAUCUUCAAAGGUUGAGGAGACACCACAGGUAUGGGCAGAAGCUCUGAGGAUAGAGUCAGCUGAUGUUUGUGCUCUGCCUUAUGUUAUUCCAUACUGAUUAAUUAUUCAAAUGAGCUCGGCUUACACACCAAACACCCCCCCCCCCCCCUCUCUCACUCCACCUAAGCUUGGAAAUGCUUCAUAUGACCACACAUGGGGAAGGUACAGCAGCAUCUGGCCCUUGAGAUGGGAUUUCCAAUUUUUGUCGCUGCAUUUUCUUGUUAUUGCACUCUGUUGCAGGGAGCAUUGUAUGGGUGCCUGCCUUGUGAAUUUGGUUGAAAUGCAUGUCACACGAAAUUGCCUGCUCCAGUGCAUCAUUGCAGGGCUAAGAUUUGGAGGGCGGCUUUUGCCUCAUGGCAUCAAAACUACUAAUUCAUUCAAAAUGGAAAUUUUCAUAAAGGCAACUUGGGGAGCUUGCAUAGAAAGGGAGAAGUCUAAGUUUGUGCAAUUCUAUUCUAUUUUCUUAGAGCUGAGAGGCUCUUCUAAUUGAGAAAGUAAGGGAAACUAGAUGUGGUCUUUGCAAUCCCACCACAAUUUUGAUUUGUAACAUAGAACUCUUAUUUACAAGAAAUGUAAAAUAGAAGAAAAAGAAAAGUAGUGGAAUUCAUUUAUUUACCCUCCAGCAAACAUUCUUCUUAAUCC